AUGGAUAAUCCAACAGGAACUAUAAAUUCACUAUAUCAAUAUGAAAAUAUUGAAGAUAACAUAUUAAAUAAAUUGAAAAAGUUACGUCAGCACUAUCCUGAACGUUUUCCACUAUCGAUUCAUGUACUAGCAACUGUUCACGAUACUAUAGAUGGUGAAUGGCAGCAACGAUUACGACAAGCAAUGGAACAGCGAAAUAGAGUCUCUAUUUUUCUCAUUCCUUAUCAAAUGUCUAAUUUUAAUUGGAUUGUAGUCAUAAUUAAAUUUAAAACAGACGGACAAGUUGAACGAGCUGAAUUUAUUGAUCCACUUAGAGAGUCGAAUUUGGAUAUCGACAAAUUACAAAUACAAUUUGGCGAGAUUUAUCCAGGUAUUAUUUUACAGCCAAGAAGCAUUCGAAAACAAGAAGAUCGAGAGAAAAGUAUUGAAUUAACUAUUGAAACUUUAUUGAAAUUAGCUGAAGAAUAUCAAACGACUAAUAUCAAUGAUUUACACGACAAAACAAUAGGAGAUCAGAACGCAAACGAUCGUUUGAACAAAGAAAAAGGAAGUUUCCCGAUAUUAACUGCAAAUGGAGGUAAUCGUGUAAGACAUCAAUACUCUAAACAAAUACCGAGUGUGAAUAUUCAGCAUCAGUUAGAACAGCUAGUGAAAGUACCGCAAACAGAACUGCACAAUAGUAAUUGGAACGAUGAAAAUUGUCCCAUAACAGAAGAAAGUUUAAGAAAUAUGCAAGAAGAUUUUUCUUCAAUGCCAUCUUGUUCAGAAAAAUCAAUAAUUUUUCUAUUGUAUUAUCUUUCUUUAAAAUUAAUUAGUAACCCGAUAGGUUUAGAUCGUACUGUCGAAGUACCUGAUCAGAUAAAAACUAAAAUAGACAAAGAAUUCGAACAUUUAAAGGAGCGAUUAAAGAUUGAAGAGGAAAACUCUAAAGAAAUUCACAAUUUUAUUCAAGAAUUGACUGUAGAUAUAAAACAGGAGAAUUGGAGAAAUGGUUUGAUUCUAUUGAGAAAAAUUUUUAAGAAAAUUAGUCCAUUGAAUAUACAUGAAUUAUUUCGACUUAUUAAGAAAGUGAACAGCACAGUAUAUACAAUAAAGAAGAAAGAUAUUAUUUUUUUUCUUGGAUUAACUGGUUCAGGUAAAUCAACUACAAUUCAUUUUCUUGCUGGCUCAAAAAUGAUUGAAAUCAAAGUCAGCGAUUUAUAUCAUAUUGCACCGGUCGAGAUAAACAAUCCAGAUCUAAAAUAUAUAACAACUUCACCAUUUGCUAAAUCCGAAACUCGACAUAUUACAUCAGUUGAAGUGAAAUUGAAAAACACAAAUGGAUUGACCAAAGAAAGUAUUAUCCUAUGUGAUAGUCCAGGAUUCGAAGAUACUAGUGGACCCGAAGUAGAUAUCGCUAAUGGAUUAGGUAUUGUUAAUGUUAUAAAAGUAUGUACAAGUGUUAAACCAGUUGUAGUAAUUAGUUAUAAAAGUAUAGGAGAUAGAUUGCAAGGUCUAAAGAAUCUAAUUCAUGUCCUAUCGGCAUUGAUUCCAGGUAUUCGAGAUCAAAUUGAAGCUUUCUCUUAUAUAUUUACAAAAUUUCCUGAAAAAGAAAAGGAUACGAUUCAUGCAUUCAUCAAGGAGAUUCAUAGAAAAUUAAAAGACGAUGAAACAUCAGAUAAAAGUUUUAUGUUUUUAUUAGAAGAUAUUCUCCAAAAAACACGACAAGGUGCACGAGUCUUAGAUCCGAUCAAUGAUAAACAUGAAACGAUUCUUGACGAACUCAUAAAAUCUAUUGCUAUUGAUCAUCCGGAGAACGUUUUCCAAUUUUCAAUUACAGGAAAGUCAAAAACUACUUUACAAGAGCAACUAACCAAACAUCAAUUGAAUAUUAGAUCUGCAACUGAGCGUUCAGAGUAUGAGUUAGUAAAGUAUAGACUUGAUCAAUUAAAAUGUUUGAAUGAUCUGCUAGGUCAACAUUAUAUUGAACAAGUUUACAAUGAUUGUCUUCGACAUAUAAGUAGAUAUCUGUCUGAAGAGUAUGAAAGAGGUAUUUCAGCUAUGAAACGUUGUUUAAUGAGUCAGACAAGCUUGAAUGAUGAGGAUAUUCGACAGUAUCAAGUAUGUAUUGAUCAUGCUAAGUUAGCCAAAGAAGUACAAGAAAAUCAUUUAGGAAUAGAAGUAAUUAGUAGUACAGCAUUUAUUGAAGAUCUUAACAGACAAGUGGAUUUGAUGCUUUUAGAUGUAAGAGAAAAAGAUGUCGAUGAUAUCUCAAUAAGAAUGAGUCUCGAGAAAAUAAAGACUAUUUUGAAUGCUUUUCCAGAUCUGGAUUCGAAGAAACUUGAUAAUAUUUGUCAAGUUCUACUUGAAAAACUUGAUUCUCUUGUUGUUUCAUUCAAAAAAUCAAUUUCAUCAAAUAAAUUUGAUGAGGCUGCUAGUCAUAUCACAAAAUUAUAUAGAGCAAUAGAUGUUUUGCAAGAUCAUUUAGAUCGAGAAGAAAUAAAAGCUAAAUAUGUACAACUUAAAGAAUAUUUUCUGCAUCAUGUCAACGAUUGUUUGGGCAAACUAAAGUAUAUUUUUACUCAAACGAAGUUAGAUAAAAAUGAUAUAGAUAUUAUAAAUAGAUGUGUAUGUAUGUUAGAAAAUGCUAAGAACACAUUCGAUCUUCAAUCACACAUCUUUGAAGAAGAAAUUAAUAAACUUUAUGAAAAUCUUCUAUCAAAUAUCAUGAUUUACUUUGAAGAAAUAAUAAAAAGGAUAAAUGUUGAACUUGAAAAUGAAAAUAGUUUUCAUGUACUAGAACAACUUCUCAUCGAAUUAGAUUUGAUCAGACAAAUUUCUACGAUUAAGUUGAAAACAAUGGAAUCCUAUUAUAUUAUUUUGGAAAAAGUAAUUAGAUAUAUAUAUGAAGCUAGACGUGAUGUUGAAGAUUUAUUAAAAUCUUUAUUUCGACGAGAAGAAAAUAUUAAUUAUAAUAAACUUAGAAAAUGUUUAUUAAAUUUAAAAAGUGUUGAAUGGAUAGAAAAAUAUCGAAAUGGAAUAUAUUCAGAUGUAAUACAUAAUGUUGAAGAACAAAUUAUUGAACAUGUAAAACAAAUGAAAGAUUCUGCUAUGGAAAUAAAUAUAGAUCUUGACAAUUUUGAUAAAAUUAAGCAUGUAUAUCAAAUAAUAUUACAAAUUAAUACAAUCAAAUGUCUUGAAAAAUUUAUUCCUGAUGUAGUUAAAGACAUAGAUGAAGUUAAUAAUUGGUUUAAAGAGAUUACAAAUAAUGUAUUUAUUAUUAUUAAAGAGACGUUUAAUGUAGAAAAAUGGAAAGAACAAAAGUAUGAGUUUGUAGACUUUCAUAAAGUUGAAAAAGGCUUUCAUUAUUUAGAUACUUGUAAAAAUAUUCGUUCGUUAUUUACAAGUAAUUGUAUAUUUGUUCUUAAUGAUUUAGAAGAAUUUAUAAGACACUAUAGUACUUAUAUUCAACAAGAAAUGGAAAGUUCUUUUGAAACUAUCAAACAUAGUCAAAACGAAGAUAAGAAAGAAAUAUAUGAAAAAGUUCGAAUAUUAUCAAAUCGUUUACGAGAAUUAUUUGAAAUUAAAACAAAAUAUUCUCGUGUUUGGUCUUGUUUUUCAAAUAAAAAUAUGAUUAAAUACUGGCAAAAUGAGUUAUCAUACUAUUUAACAGAUUUAUCAGAUGAAAUGGAAAAAAUAACGAUCACAAAACGAAUCAACACGUUGAAAGAUAAGUUAAUGAUAGUAAAAGCGUUAAGUACUUUAGAUAGAUUUCGAGAAGAUGAAAAAUUUAUUAAUAUCUAUCAUAAAUAUCAAAAUAUAUUUUUCAUUCAAAUCAACGAUGCUCAAAAACAAGUACUUGAUGCUAUUACAAAUAACGAUUAUGAACGAGUUGCUUUCGAAAUUAAAGCAUUACAAUUAUCUAAUGAAAUUGGAGAAUAUUUUUACCAACAAGCUAAACAAAUACUAAAUAGUAGAUUACACAAUUUGAUGGAAGACACCAAAACUCACGUAAUUAUACUUGGAAAUAAUCUAGAAAUAAAAGAAAUAAAAUUUAUAGUAGACAAUUUAAGACGAAUUCAAAGAGCACAACAAUUUGUUUCAGAACAUCUUAAUGAAUUGACUGAAUUAGAUGCAUAUGUCAUAGAAAUUAAAAUUUUGAUCGAAGAACGAAUAAUUCGUUUCUUAGAAGGCGUUCAAGUUCUUAUUAGUAUUCACUAUUUCUGUAAAGUAGAUCAGAAAUUAGAUUUAAUAAUAUUAGUACGUAGUUUAUUAGGAAAUUAUUGCACAGAAAAAGUUUUGAAUCGUAUCGAAGAAGUCAAACAUUAUCAAGAUAUUGUUCUAACCAAAGAUAUCAUUGAAAAAUAUUCAAACAUGGAUAUAACAGGAUAUAAUUUGGAUCCACCCACAAAUUUAUUUGCAGAAGUCGGAGAAGUCAGUAAUACUAAUCCAUUAUACUAUGGAGCAUUGAAUAAAAUCAAAGAAAUCAUUGUGAAGAAAUUCAGAGAAGAAUUAAAACAAGCGACAUUGGUACAGCCUCCAAAUCUAGAAAAUAAUCAUAUCAGAAGAUUUGAAUUAGCAGUUAAGUAUCUACCAGAAACGAUUAGGAUUGCUCUUGAAAUAGAUUUAAAACACUGUAAAGAUGAUAUUAAUCAAUUGAUUCAAAAUAAUAAAAAUAAAUUGAAAACUACAGUUCACCUUAAUUGA